AUGAGACUGAAGCGCUACAUCCGGGCCUGUGGCGCCCGUCGCAACUACAAGAAGCUGCUGGGCUCCUGCCGCUCGCGCAAGGAGCGCCUGAGUGUCCUCCGGGCAGAGCUGGAAGCUCUGGGCAUGAAGGGUAACCCUUCUUUAGAGAAGUGUCGGGCUCUGAAGGAGCAGCGUGAGGAGGCAGCCGAGGUGGCAUCCUUGGACAUUACUAACAUUAUCAGCUGUUCGGGUCGGCCACGGAGACGCACGGCCUGGAACCCUUCAGAACCAGCCGCCCCCGGGGAGCUGUACCGCCGGACCCUGGACUCGGAGGAAGAGCGGCACUGCCCCCCACGCCCGGACUGGUCUUAUAUGCGUGGCAUCAUCAGCAGUGACGGCGAGAGUAACUAA